UAUAACCCUGCAGCAGCAUUCUAAUUUUCAACCGUCUAAAGCAGAGCAAAUUUUCCGAAGUUGUGUCUCCAACGGCACCGAUGUUGCGCUACUCCGUACUCGUAUUCAGCAGUUGACAUUUUCACUUUACGAUACAGAUACUCUGUACAAAUACUCGGUUCCUAUAAUUUUACAACAGAAGAAGCCCGAUUUAUUUUGAACUACAGGACUAACAAGGGUGUACGCUGCCACCGGAACUGUCUUCGGGUUUAUUUGUUAAAGUUAUUCUAUAGUAUCAUGUCGUGGCUGAACUUGAAACAAUAUUUCAUCCGUGACAAAUCUAGCCGAUCCUCCCGGAACCUCCCAAAGUCGGCGCUGCACAGCAACUGUACACGGAGCGUCACUUUCGUCUACCAGAUCCCUACAUCACAAUUUGUUGGCAAGCGAUUACGCAACUGGGAUGUUGGAUAUGCAGGGUCCGAUUGGGUGUUCUCAGCCGAUUUUCUAGUGGAAAACCAAUGGAACUUUCCGGAAAUUCCCCAGUCAAUGUGGACCGUCCGCAUGGUAGUUGAUGGCGAUAUUGUAACGGACCAUUCCAGUCUGCUGUUCAACGAUGAAUACACUCCGCAAGCCAAAGUGGUUCCCAAGAAAGGUUACGAAGGACUGGCCAGCUCUGGUGAAAUUGUGGUGGAAGGGAAAGUUAGUGCAACCGAAAGCGAUCCGUCCACCUGCACUACCAUCGCCAUCGGACCGGAUGGAUGGAAGCAUUCGGCCGCUGUUAAGGAGGACAUCGAACUGGCGCAUUUAUUCUGCUGCAAAGCAGUUGUCGAUGAAAAAGGUGUCAGUCGUCAGUAUCCGGCUUUAAUGGACGGGACCAUCUAUGUCAGACUGACCUUUCACGUCCAGCAGCACGAGCGCCAUGAUCUGCAGCGUCUACUGAAUUCUGGUUUAAUGACAGACUGUACACUGGUUGCUACGGAUGGCCGGAAGUUUCCAGCGCAUCGCGCCAUCCUGGCAGUACAGUCGCCGAUGCUGACGGAAAUGCUGCAGAACCGCAAGAAUGAGAAAAUCGGUGGCUUGUUCGUCGCUAUGGACGCUGAUGGGGGGUUGGUGGAAAUUCUUGUCCGGUUUGCGUACACACGGGAGUUACUGCACACGGCCGAUGGAAAACUGGAAGAAUUGUGGAUGCUGGCGGAGAAGUUUGAGAUGAAAGAGUUGUGCGCGGCAUGUGAGUGUCGAAUGAUGGAUGGCGUUGAUGGAGGGAACGCGAUGCGCUACUACGCGUUCGCUCGGAAAUUUGGCUUGGUGAAACUGCAGCAGAUCGUGGGAAAAUAUAUCGGCAAGAAUCCAAUGGGUGUUUAACAUUGCUCCUGUGUCGUAAAUGCUUUAUGUAUCGGUUUUACAUCCUAAUUAAUAAUUGUGUUAGCAUAUACGCACGUCUCAGCUUCUGCAGUUGUAAUACUGACGACUUUUAACGGCUAUUUUCGGCAGGAAAAAUUGCAGCGUCCCUGCUUCUGUAAUAUUUUUAUCAGUAUACAUAUGUGCAGUACCGCGCAUUCAUCUCCAGUAAUGGCUUCUUUCAUUGCAGAAUUUAGUGCUGCGUUUAGAGGUUUAAGGUUAUUGGCAAUUUCGCCAUACUGUUUGUAGUGUACUUAGCAACGUAUGGUUCUGUCAGUUGUAUUACUUGAGUUUCUGCGGUCGGUUACGAUCUAGCAAGAUUCAAUAAAUCUAGA